UGGUAAAUUUGAAGAACUUCUAAAGGUGUUGAUCAGAAAUCAAGAUGUUCAGCUGAAUUAUGAUAUUCCUGAGAAAUCUGAAAAUAUUGCAAAACUUGAUGAGCCGUUAAUAGUAAAAGCAAGUGUUGUAGUGCUACUAGAAAGACUUGAUGAUGAGUUUGUGCGCAUUCUUCAAAAUACUAAUGCUCAUUCGACUGACUAUAAAGACCGGCUAACCGAAGAACCUCAUCUAGUUCGAAUACUAGAAGACGGAAAGUCAUAUAUUGAAAUGAAUGGAACAACUGAAGAAAUGUGUCGAAUUUACUUGAGAGUGAUAGAACACUUGUACUACAAGGUUGAUAAACGCUCUUUGCAUUUUGAUGAUCAAGUGAAUGUGGAUGUUAGCACUACAGUCGUGCAGACAUCUUACUCUACAGACUGUUAUGGCGUGGUGAUGGAUAGUUUAUGUAGAUCCAUCUAUUCUAAAGACACUACAGAUCGGAUAAAAAAACGUGCUCUCCUCUGUAAUGUUUAUCACUUGGCGUUGCACGGCUACUGGUAUGAAGCUCGUGAUUUGAUUAUGAUGAGUCAUCUUCAAGAGUCCAUUCAGCAUUUUGAUGUGCCUACACAGGUAUUGUACAAUAGAGCAAUUGUUCAGCUUGGAUUAUGUGCUUUUCGCAAGGGUUUGAUUAUAGAUGCUCAUAACAGUUUACAAGCUAUUCAAUCUAGUGGAAAAGCCAAACAGCUUCUGGCGCAGGGUCUGAUGUCUAAGAAGUUUUCUGAUCGAACACCCGAGCAGGAAAAACAACGUCAGAUUCCUUUGCACAUGCACCUUAACUUAGAACUGUUGGAGUGUGUGUACCUCACGUGUGCCAUGCUCCUUGAGAUACCCAACAUGGCUUCUCAAGUGUUUGACUCUAGGAAGCACAUGAUUAGCAAAUCAUUUCGAUACCUAUUGAGAGUUUCUGAGCAAAGUCCACUUGUCGGUCCACCUGAAAGUAUGCGUGAGCAUGUUGUUGCUGCUGCCACUGCUAUGAAAACAGGCGAUUGGCAAGCUUGUAGAGACUAUAUGCUUGACGUAAAGGUAUGGAAGCUAUUUCUAGACUCUGAGAGAAUCAAGAAAAUGCUUACAAGAAAAAUUCAAGAAGAGAGCUUGAGAACGUACAUAUUUACGUACAGCAGUGUCUAUGAUUCACUGAGUUUGUCAACUCUGUGUGAAAUGUUUGAGUUGCCACCUGAUAUUAUUUCCCGUAUUUUGAACAAAAUGAUGAUAACUGAAGAACUGCAGGCAUCUUGGGAUGAAUCACGACAGUCUGUCACUCUGCAUCAUACUGAACCAACUCGUCUUCAAAGCCUUGCUCUGCAGCUCGCUGACAAGGUUGGUUCAUUACUUGAAAACAAUGAACGAAUUAUGGAUAGUCGAUAUGGUGGAUAUUGGUUCAAGAAGGAAUGGCAGGGAUAAAAGCAGAGUGGAAAGGCAUAUCAAGUGACUAGUGGACGCGCUAUAGCUGCAGUGCAUGAUCAGAAGUAGAAAAGUUAAGCAUUUCGCUGUUUUAGAUGUUGACUAUGUAUAUGGUUAUCGUUGUCAGCUAAUUGAUGGUCUUUCUUCACACUGGAAAAACUGGGUAAACGAAAAUUAAAAUGAGGUGUUUUCAA